UCUCCCAGCGCCGCCGCAGCCCGGAGGAAAACCGGAGCGGGCCGAGAACGGAGUGUCAGUGGAGUAGUGAGAGUCUGAGGAGGCAGCACCGCUCCGCGCUCCGUGGAUAUUUCUACACGCUAUUGACACGCAGAGGACGUUUCCACGCAGCCACCAGUGCUCCGGGGUUUCCUCCCAGCCCAUCCUCCCCUCCCCACAAACAUGGACGGAUUCUACGACCAGCAGGUCCCCUUCAUGGUCCCGCCCAGCAACAAGUCCCAGCUGGACCAAGCUCCUCUGAGGCCUCUGAAGAGGAAGUUUGUGGACACGGAGCUGGCCCAGGACACCGAAGAGCUCUUCCAGGACCUCAGUCAGCUGCAGGAGAUCUGGAUCGCUGAAGCUCAGGUUCCCGACGACGAACAGUUUGUUCCAGAUUUCCAGUCGGACAGCUUAAUGUUUCAUGGCCCGCCGCCCUCCAAGAUCAAGCGAGAGCUUCCUCCCUCCAAAGAUCUGUCUCCCUGCCGUCAGGACCGAAGUCCCAUGAACUACGGAGAGAAGUGCCUUUACAGCUACAGUGCCUGCGACAGGAAGCCCGGCUCCGGGUUCAAGCCAUUAACUCCGCCCUCCACGCCGGUCUCCCCCUGUGUUGCCGCGGUAACGCACCCUCUGAGUGAGCAGACUCCACCGCCACACCCCCAUGUAGCCAAUCAGAGUGCGGGUCCGCGCCAGGUGCACAUUCAGCAGCCAAUCACAGCGAGCGGUGGCCAGAGCCAGCAGAACCUCCAGCAGAACCUCCAGCAGGUCCACAGCCCGCCAUUCGCCGUGCCCGGCCCCCCCGCCAGCCAGGAUGGAGGCAGCUUCACACCUGAGCACAGGUUCCAGAGGCAGAUGUCAGAACCUUGCCUUCCCUUCCCGCCCUCCGAUGCUCCGGUCCGUCCCCACUUCCUGCCCCCCAGCGGCAGCCUGUCCCGGGACGGACGGCCCCCGUACCACCGGCAGAUGUCGGAGCCUCUGGUUGGACCUGCUCAGGGCUUCAAGCAGGAGCUGGUGGACCCUCGGUACAGCGAGCAGGGCGUCCCGGCCAUGGGCCCCCUGGGUCCAGUCGGCCCCCCGGGUCCAGCGGGCCCCCAGCGCCAGGCCACCUUCCCUCCCAUGAGCAUCAAGCAGGAGCCCAGAGACUUCUGCUUCGACUCCGAAGUGCCUAACUGUCAGUCAUCCUUUGGCCGGGGGCGGAGCUUCUACCACAACAGCCAUGACAGUUUCUCCUUCGACAGAGAAGCUCAGCUCUACUUUGACGACACGUGUGUGGUUCCUGAGAGGCUAGAAGCUAAAGUGAAACAGGAAGUGACGGUUUACCGGGACGGACCUCCCUACCAGCGCCGUGGCUCCCUGCAGCUCUGGCAGUUCCUGGUCACCCUGCUAGACGACCCGGCUAACGGACACUUCAUCGCCUGGACGGGCCGCGGGAUGGAGUUCAAGCUGAUCGAACCCGAGGAGGUGGCCCGUCGCUGGGGAAUCCAGAAGAACCGACCGGCCAUGAACUACGACAAGCUGAGCCGCUCGCUGCGCUACUACUACGAGAAGGGCAUCAUGCAGAAGGUAAAGGUUGCCGGGGAGCGGUACGUCUAUAAGUUCGUGUGUGACCCGGAGGCUCUGUUCUCCAUGGCGUUCCCCGACAACCAGCGGCCCAACCUGAAGGCUGACCCGGAUGGCCUGCCGGGUCCGGACAGUCUGCCGGGUCCGGACGACGACACGGUGCCGCUGACCCACUACGACGAUGGCGCCCCCUACCUGCUGGAGGGCGGAGAGCUGUGCGGCGCCGGGCUGCCGUUCCCAGACGGAUAUGGAUACUGAGACCGACUCUCCAGAACUUUAAACCCAGAACUGGAGCCACUCAGUUCUGAUCCUGGAAACCCAAAAACUCUGUCGUCUCCACGGUGACAAAGGAGAGAAAGAAAAGGACUGGAGCGAUGACGCUGUUGCCAUGGAGACACAAUGAAGCCACGCCCACCUCUGUCCGGUGCUGGUUCUGGUUCUGAGACAAUCUGCUUUUCGUAAACAAUCGUUAGACCCUGAAUGCAGCACGGUUCUGUUGCCUUUGUUCUCUCUGUUCUCCUAAAGAUCCGUAAAAAGGGCUUUAAAUUCGCAUCAACACACAGAUUGACCAGAACCGCUCGACCCGCUUGGUUUUCUGUAGAUAGAACUUUUUUAAAGCUGGUUCUGGACCCAGACCUCUCAGGGUUCUGGGGCGUCACUGUUCUUCAGGCUCUGUGUAAAUGUUCUGUAAUGUUCUGCUCAUGUUCCGGGUGGAUUUGCUUCCUUUAGAGUCGAUGCAGCGGAACCGGUCUGGUCCGGAUCCUACAAAGUACAACCCAGACGAGGUUCUGUAGAUCCUGCAGAGUCUGGUUCUGAUUCAGACCUGGUUCUGUAGAUCCUACAGACUCUGGUUCUGAUUCAGACAAGGUUCUGGUUCUGACCCAGACUGCUUCUGUUCUCUGCUCUGUGUUUUUUUUUGUAUCUCUGUGAUGCUCCAGUUUGGCCGGAGCAUCGGGACACUGCAUGAACCACCAGAACCGUGUCGGAUCGGACUCUUUGCAUGGUUCCCUCACAUAUCGCUUUCUGUGGACCGACCAGAACUUUGUGAUUUUCUUUGGUUGUUGUGUUUGUUUUGUUUCUGAAGAUAAAGUCUAUUUUUGCUAUGAGGCUGGUUCUGUUCUGUAAGGUUCUGCCUCUGGUUCUGAUGGAUCCGGUCUGUACAGGCUUUGGUUCCCCUCCUGUGUUUCUACUGCUGACUUCUUGUGUACUGGGUCCAAUAAACGGUCCUGAACGCUC